AUGGCAAGCACGAUCCCAGCAACGAUCAAGUCUGCAGCCCUCGGCGCAGUCCACCCAGCCGGUGUAGGCACCAAGCUGCCGGACAUCCAGCUCAAGCAGACCUCUCCGGAUGACACGCUCUCGCUGGCCAGCCUCAAGGGUCGCAACCUCAUCCUCGGCGUUCCAGGCGCAUUCACGCCUCCCUGCUCGAACAUGGUGCCCCAGUUCAGUGAUGCUUACUCUGAGAUCACCCAAAAGGGCAUCAAGGGUGUCUAUGUCGUGCCCAUCAAUGACGUCUUUGCUUCCAACGCAUGGAAGGAGAAGCUCGGGUGCGUCCCAUGCUCUCUCGCACAAGACGCUAAGCUAAAGGCAGGAGCGAACAGAGCUGACAAGCUCAACUUCCUCGCCGACGACACCGGCGCAUUCUCCCGCACGCUCGGGUUGACCUUUGAUGCCACAGGUCUGCUCGGCGGCGAGCGUGCAAAGCGCUACGUCCUCCUCACCAACGACGACACCAUCGAAAAGGUCUUUGUCGAGGACGAGGCUCCCAACGUGGAGAAGACGACCGCCAAGGCAGUCCUCGCUGCCUUGUAGGCCCGAGAUGACGAACUAAAUUCAUUCUUUCGUUCAUAUAAAAUGCAUGAGGCUGUCAAUCCACGCAAGGAUUGGGAUGCAACAGUUGUUGGAUCAGUAUACACGAUGUCUCCGUUCGGGCGAAGCUUCUCGCUUGUAAUCCGAUCGUCGUCUGUCAUAGUCGCCGCCAUUGGUAGCUGCCUUGGGUGCACUGGGCACUGUCCCCGUCUGAGUAGCAAACAUCUUCAUCUCCUCCGCUCGCUCGAUAUCUCGCUGCGAAGGGUUCAC